CUGGCUUGGCCUAGCCUAGCCUAGCCGCUUGCUUCUCUCUCCUUGCCUAGGAGGGCAGCAUGGCUCCUUCUGGCGGCGGCGUGGCCUUGCGGAUGCUCCUGGCCGCCUUGCUUCACCUGGGCGGCGGAGACAGCGGCUGGGACCCGGCCGGAUACCUGCUCUAUUGCCCCUGCAUGGGGAGAUUCGGGAACCAAGCAGACCAUUUUCUGGGAUCUUUGGCGUUUGCUAAGAUGGUGAAUCGGACCUUAGCUGUGCCCCCAUGGAUUGAGUACCGGUAUCACAGGCCUCCCUACACAAAUCUGCAUGUUCCAUACAAAGAAUACUUCAAGCUGGCACCUCUCCUGGACUACCACCGAGUGAUUACCUUGGAGGAGUUUAUGGAGAAGCUGGCGCCUGUCCACUGGCCUCCUGGCAAGAGAGUGGCGUACUGCUUUGAAGCAGCAGCUCAGAGGAGUGUUGACAAAGAGACUUGCCCCAUGAAGGAUGGAAACCCCUUUGGGCCCUUUUGGGAUCAGUUUGCUGUGGAAUUCGAUAGGUCGGAGCUGUUUGGAGGCCUCUCCUUCAGUGCCUCUUACAAGGACCACUGGAUCCAAAGGUUUUCACCCUCUAACCAUCCUGUUGUUGCCCUUCCGGGUGCACCGGCCCAGUUUCCAGUUCUGGAGGAGUAUCGGUCCCUGCAGCGGUAUAUAGUCUGGUCUGAUGUGAUAGUGCAGAAGGCCGAGUCCUAUAUAAAUUUGCUGCUGGUCAGACCCUACGUGGGAAUCCAUUUGCGUGUGGGAUCAGACUGGAAAAAUGCAUGCAAUAUGUUGAAGGAUGGCACAGCUGGGUCCCACUUAAUGGCUUCGCCACAGUGCGUGGGCUAUGAUCGGAACACGGCCACACCUCUCACCAUGGACAUGUGCUUGCCUGGCCUGAAGGAGAUAAAGCGAGCCCUCAGGCUCUGGGUGAAGAAGGUCGAUGCAAAAGCCGUAUUCAUUGCCAGUGAUUCUGAGCCCUACACCAAAGAGAUACAGCAGCUUUUCAAACAAAAGAUAAAAGUGGUAUAUUUGCAGCCUGAGGUAGCGCAGAUAGAUUUGUACAUUCUUGGUCAGUCUGACCAUUUCAUUGGAAACUGUGUUUCGUCCUUCACUGCCUUUGUGAAACGAGAGCGUGAUGUGCAUGGGAGACCAUCCUCCUUUUUUGGCAUGGACCACCCACCCAAGCUGCGAGAUGAAUUGUAGCCUGCCAGGGAAGAGAUGCUCUUGGAUCCACAAUGGACACUCGGAUAAAGGCUAUGCCCCACCGAAAGCAAGCGUUGUGUGUAUUUUGACAGAAUGGUAAAUUCUGCAGAUUCAUCUUGGUGACAUUUUUGUAUAUUGCUAAGUAUGUGGUCUGAAAGGAGAAGAGGGUGACUUCCCAGCAAAUUUCCUUUUCUCACUGCUGUGGUUGAAUCAGCCAAUCCACUCAGUUUGCUCCUCUCCUUUCUGUGCUAUCUUCCUACCUCUCCUGGAAUUGAUAGCUCAUCUGGUGCUUGUCUGAUGCACAGUAUUCUCAUGAAAACAAAAUCCAUGACAAGAAGUGUUCUGGAGUUCUGGGAACCAGAAGAUUCAUUCUAAAUUAUGCAAUUGACUGGCAUUUGCCUUGCGUGCUUCAGUUUAUGAUCUGCCCGAUGGAUUUAAUCUACAUUUCCCCAGGUGGGAGUGGAGAGACUAAGAGAAUUAAUUUUCUAUCAUCUGUGAAACAUUUUGGGAUCUUCAAAUGGGCAUUAGUCCUAACAACACUGCUGCCCUCUGAACCAGCAGUGGUGUCUGCAGCGAUCCAGGCAGGAGGUCUACUGAAACUUGGAUGCACAGAGUUACUUUU